AUGGCCGCCACGACGCAUUCCAUGGAGUCCCGAGUCGGCCGAACUAAUCAACGAUACGGUACCAAAGGCGAACGACUCGUGGCCGGCAUUGUCCCCCUGUCCCCGGACAAAACCAAAGUCUUGAUGAUUCAAUCUGCUGGGCCUGGAGGAUGGGUGUUGCCCAAGGGAGGCUGGGAGACCGACGAGCCGACUGCACAACAGGCCGCCCUGCGUGAAGCCUGGGAGGAGGCCGGCGUGGUGUGCACCGUGCUGCGAGAUCUCGGACUCAUUCCAGAUAUGCGACCGUAUUCGCUGCUGACGACCCAUGCGCCCAAGGCCUCGUAUCAGUUCUUCGAGGCCAUCGUCAACCGCGAAGAAGCACAGUGGCCCGAAUCCCACAAGCGGAGACGGCAAUGGGUCUCGUAUACCCAGGCCGCGUCUGCCCUGGCGAAUCGCCCCGAGCUGCUCGAAGCCUUGAAUCGAAGCUCUCUCCGACGGUAG